ACCCAAUACCACUGUGCGCUAGAAACGUCAAACCCGUUGUUUUGGAAACAAUUGUUGUGUUGUGUUGUUUUUCAGUCCGCGGACACCGAUUCCGAGCCAAGAAAAACAUGAAUUACGUAGAAAAUUUGCUAAUUUACGCGAGAAAUCUCUCGCCGUUUUAUAUCUUCAGCAUGGUGAUAUCGAUCUGUGUUGUGCUGUUGACGGCAUAUCUCGGUUUCACGGGAUGCACCGCCACGUUAGAUCAGGAUGAGCGGAACGAGGUGCUGCAGCAGAAUAAAAGUUCCAACAACAAAACUGAACGCCAAAAGAAACCCACGCAAACCACGAACGAUUCUGACCGAUCAGAAGAUUCGUCGGAAGAUAGCAAAAAUGUAAGUGAGCAGGAGCAGGAAAGCGAAGACGAAGCCACCCGGCAACUGCACAUUGAAUCUUUGGGUCAGUUAAAAUCGGCUAAGCUUAAGUCGAUAGAAAAGUCACUCACCGACGAACAACGGCAGGCGGAAAAGGAGAUUGAACGGGCCCAGCUGGCAGCUAUAUUUGAACUGUUGAAAAAGCAAGCGGAUAGUUCAAACUUAAACGAGGACGAUUUAAAAGAGCAGCUUAGCCUGUAUCGCUAACAAGCAUGGUUCGAUUAGGUUAAGGCUUAAGAUUGAUAUUUUUGAUGUGCUAGUCAAUUUUUUAGCAGUAAACCAACGCAUGAGUGUCCAUUCGAUGUAGGUAGUACACCAGGAUUAGUUUUAUGUUGCAGCCGGAGGGACCAUUAGGGAAAUCCACGAACAAUCAUAUAACCAUAUCGAGUGAUGCACGUUUAGCUCUUAGCAGGAGUUUUUAGUCCGAUCCGAUGUAAGCUAAUAUUUUAAAAGCAAACGAGCGCCAUACUCCACGAUAGUCGUACACAACCACGGAAUAUAUUAGAGUAGUAAAACAAUGCAUACCAAAUAA